UUUAGUUGUUUAUGAAUUUAAUGAAUAACCCGUGAAAGUUGAAUCCUUCUGACUAUAAUCUGUUUUCAAAAUAAAUUGUUUACGCUUUACUGCUCUAGUCUCCUAGUGGUAGAAAAGCUACUACCAUUACAUUACAAAAUCUAUAGUUUUAUCUUCUAUCUAUUUCAUCUGAAAGUGUCCAAACAAUUUACAGAAUACUAAAAUUCAACGAGCAGUUGAUUUCACGAACAAUUAGCCAUGUUUUGCAGAGUUCUUUCGAAAUCAGGCACUCUUGCCAGGGCGAAUAAUUUUCGCUCGUCGUUUCGUCCGAACGUCGGCGGAGGGUUGACUUCGAGACCGUGCAGCGGCAGCGGAAACCCCGACGGCAGCGGUAACCCCAACGGCAGCGGACAAUCUACGACGGAUGGAAACAUUGCAAACAAUGGAAACAAUGGUGACGGCGAUAGUUACGAAAAGGAUAUCAAAACAAAGAUACUUCAAUCCUCUCUACCACACGUUCCCCGACACGGAUGGUCCAGAGAUACUGUGGCCGCAGGCGCCGAAGAACUUGGUUAUCCGGACACGGUGCACGGCCUCUUCCGGGACCCCGGGGCCGAGUUGGCGCUGUACUUUUACUCGGCCAGCAACGAUUCACUCUCCCGACUCCUGAGAGACGGCACUUUGCCGUCCCCCAGUGCAGAAAGCAAAGCCGAGCUGAACGCGUUCCUGACCAACGCCAUCAAGACCAGACUGUUGAUGCUCGAACCGUACCUGAAUCAGUGGCCGCAAGCGAUCGCCUUGCUCUCCAAACCUUCCAACGCGCCGCACGCUCUGUCCAACCUGAUGACUUUGGUCAACGACGUCUGUUACUACGCCGGCGACCGGUCCAUAGACACACGAUGGUACACACGGCGUAUAGGCUUGGCCACCAUUUACAAGUCCAGUGAACUGCAUUUGUUGCAAGACAGAUCACAAGGAUACGACGACACGUGGAAUUUUGUGAAAAGAGCAGUCGAGGAAUGCGUGAAACUAGACACAAUGCUAGAGAGUAACGCUCAGCUCGCUAAAGACGUCGUCACAGCAUCAGUGUCUACGGCCAAGAACAUUCUGGGACUUUCGUGGAACAGAUAAUGCCGACUAGUUGUUCUUCUGCGUCUUCGUUCGUCGACUAGUAUUAUUAUUAUGAAUAUUUUUAUAUUUUUUCUUCUACACACUACUAUUAUCAUAUUGUAAAAAUUAGUAAUCUCUAAUAAAUGAAACAAAUGGGUGCCUAUAA